GAAGGAAGAAAGACUCUGUCAAAAAAAAAAUCUCUCUCUUUUGGGGGCCGUCAAAUCAAAUAAAUUAGUACAGUAAAUAAUCUUUUUCUUCUUCGUCUGCUUUGCCAAUUGCCAGGGCGAGAAGAAGAUUUUGUAUAGAUAGAUGUUGCUUCUUCGUGGUGGAAUCGCCGUCGUCGUCUUGGUCCUCUUCUUCUUCUCCUCCUCCUCCUCCUCCUCCUCGUCUUUCGUGGCCGCUCAGAAGAAGAACUCGUCUUCUUCUUCUUCUUCGUCGUGUCCUUUGGACUUUUCCAUCCUCCAACCGUUCCGGCGUCCAGAACCGGAUGGCCCAAACACAUGCCAGUACCUACUCCAAGGGCUGCGGCUCCUUUACUCUCACCAUCUCCGUGAGACUGGUUCCUUCCUCCCUCCCGCUGCUUCUGCCGCCUCCUGCUGGGAUGCUCUUCAGUCUAACAUCUCCGAUUUUCUCCCUGGCUUCGAUGUCCGAUCAAAGUGUGGUUUCAAGACGCCCUGGAUCUCUCAGGGAUGCAUGAACAUCACCACCAGGUCUCGCUUCGAAUCCCUCAUCCCUAAUUCCUCCCUCACCACCACCUUCAUCCGCUGUAACACCUCUCUCCAGAGCAAUACCCCUUGCGCCUCCUGCACUCAGAGCCUCUCCGCCUUUCAGGCCUACCUCUCCGGACCUUCCCUCGGCAACAAUGUCUCCGACUGUGCUUCCUUCCCCUCUAUUUACGCCGCUGCUUUCGCCAAUCCCUACGGUCCCACCGACUCUGGCACCGCCAAAUGCUUGUUUCAGCUCGAUUACGCCUCCUCCUCCUCUUCCUCCUCCUCCGGUGGUCGUAAGAAGCUCAAAAUUGCAGUUUCCUUGUCUGUCUCUCUCGUCGCCUCUGCUUUGGUUAUCACCGCUUGGUGGUUCUGGUACUCCCGGCGGCUCAAGAAGAGGAAGAAGAAGAAGAAGAUACUUUUCAAGCCUACUCAGUCUAGGCUAGAUUCCAUGAGCGAGAGCACCACUCUUGUCAAAUUCAGCUUCGAAGAGAUCAAGAAAGCCACCAACAAUUUCUCACGCCACAACAUCAUUGGCAGGGGAGGUUACGGUAACGUCUACAAAGGGGUCUUGCCCGACGCCACCCAGGUCGCUUUUAAGAGGUUCAAGAACUGCUCGGCUACAGGGGACGAGAACUUCGCUCAUGAGGUCGAGGUCAUCGCCAGCAUACGCCACGUUAAUCUCCUGGCCCUCAGAGGCUACUGUACAGCAACCACCCCUUACGAAGGCCACCAGAGGAUCAUUGUGUGCGAUCUUGUCACUAACGGUAGUCUUCACGACCAUCUCUUUGGAGACUUGAAGGAGGCUCAGCUUCCCUGCCCCUUAAGGCAGAGGAUCGCACUUGGCAUGGCCAGAGGUCUCGCUUAUCUUCACUAUGGCGCACAGCCUUCCAUUAUCCACAGGGACAUCAAGGCCAGCAACAUUCUCUUGGACGAGAGAUUCGAGGCCAAGGUUGCGGAUUUCGGGCUUGCCAAGUUCAACCCCGAAGGAAUGACGCAUAUGAGCACCCGGGUGGCCGGCACAAUGGGAUAUGUGGCGCCAGAGUACGCACUCUACGGGCAGCUGACAGAGAAAAGCGAUGUGUACAGCUUUGGGGUAGUGCUUCUGGAGCUUCUGAGCAGAAGAAAGGCGAUCGUGACAGACGAGGAGGGUCAGCCUGUGUCAGUGGCAGACUGGGCGUGGUCGCUGGUGAGAGAAGGCAGGACACUGGACGUGGUGGAAGACGGGAUGCCAGAGAAGGGACCUCCAGAGGUUCUGGAGAAGUAUGUGCUGAUAGCGGUGCUGUGCUCUCACCCUCAGCUCCACGCAAGACCGACAAUGGAUCAAGUGGUGAAAAUGCUGGAGAGUAAUGAGUUCACUGUAAUCUCUAUACCUCAACGCCCAAUCCCUCUGGUGGCUUGUAGGGAUGAGAUUGACCGCUCUGUUAGUAGCAGCAGCGGCUCAGGGAAGCUCACUAGCCCCACGGGAUAUCAGGCCUUCUCCUUCGGAGGUGAUGAUAUUGGACCCUCUGGGAACACAAAUAUGUAACCUCUAGCUCUGAGAUUUAUAUAUUCUGUCUUUUGUAGAUAUUAGUUUAGUGUGCAUUCAUUUCAUUUCAUUUUUUGGUGCUAAUGUCACUUAUGUAUAGUAGUAUUUAGACUGCUGUUCCAAUAAAGUCACCCGUUGUAACAUUUUUGAACUUU